AUGUCCCCAAAUCCGAAACGCGACAUAUUCACGUAUGCCGACUUUGAUCUUCAAGCUGUGUGCCGUCAAGCGAGCAUUCUGCGCGGGGGUGUUCCAUGUGCUUGUGAUCCAGAUCAACGCCCCGCCUCGGGAAGUUUCAACUGGGCUAUUUUUAUUUGUUUUGAUGACAGGGUACGCUGGAUACUCAGAUCUCCGCACCCUAGAACGUUCAUGCCGAUGGAAAUGGGGAUGAAGCUACUGGUAAGUGAAGCUGCCACGCUCCGAUACCUCAAGGCCCAUAGCGAUAUUCCAGUCCCAGAAGUCUAUGAUUAUUGUGCCUCCUCUGAUAAUGCCAUCGGGGUUCCGUUCAUUUUUAUGAGUGAAGCGCCUGGCUGGCCACUGUCAAAAGUUUGGAGACCAGCCGGUUCUUCUCGACCUGAGCUAGACACUCUUAGCAAGGCCAAAGUUCUCUCCCAGUUGAGUGAUAUCACCUGGAAACUUUCGCAGUUGCGGUUCGAUACAAUCGGCUCACUCUUUGAGGAAAAUGAGUCCUUCGAAAUCAAGGAAUGCCUUUCACGUGGUCACAUGUUAUAUGGACGAUAUUCCUUAGAGAUCCCCCGGGGACCUUUUACUUCUGAGAGCGCUGUAGACCUAUGGAACGAUUUCGUUACUAUUGGACGCAAGACCGAUUCGUCAGAUAACAGACUAGAUUAUAUUAUCGCAGGCGACGCUCUUCGUGAUAUUGUACGGAAAUUUGACCUCCCAGCUAUCAAUCCGGAGACUUUUCCAUUGUGCCAUGCUGACCUGAGUGUCAAUAACAUAUAUGUUGAUGAUAACUACAACAUUACCUGUGUCAUCGACUGGGCAUUCGCUUCAUCCAUCCCUGAGUUCAUGGUGCUGGCCACGCCAGGAUUGCCACAAUACCGCGACGAAAUUGAUUCGGAGUUACAUGUACCCUUCAUAAAUGGUUUUAUUGCUGCUAUGCCAGGAUCGAUCGAAGAGAAGUUGAUACAAAAGUAUCGCGAAACACUUGAGCGAGGCCAAGUCUCCUGGAGAUUUAGCCGACUGCUCACUUUUGACACAAUCAGUGAUUACAAGUUGACCUCUUUGCUACUGUCUGGUACUUUGCAAAUGGCCUUGAAAAGGACCUCGGGCAACAUUUUGUACCACAGCGGCGAGGACCAGCCGCUUUCGAAAAUUGAAAAGGAUGAAGAAGAAUAUUUCCGAAAGCAAUGUUUUAGGAAGACAAUAGCUAAGAAGUUGACCCUCGUGUCCGGGUGGAAAGCACAGCAUACCUCCGAUCAUCCACCGAAACUUCGAAAAGACAUGUUUGUCGCUUCUCCCCAGUUGUGGAAGUGGAUUCAAAAAUUUGUGAAUGACUGGGAAGACAUGUCUUGA